UCGAUCUCCAGCGACACUCGCACCGACUCGUCGACUGAGAGCUAUUCGUGUCGACAGCCCUCCGUCUCGCACCAUGAGUCCCUGGUCUCUCACUUCUCCUCCGACUCCCAGGGAACCAUCAUCGAGAGCCCCCCCCCCGGACCCCUGCACGCCUCUCUCUGCAGCCUGGAGACCCUAGGCCCCGUGGCGGACAGCGAGCAGCACCAAUCUCUGAGGAAGGGAGGCGGGGCCGGGGAUAGGAGGCGGAGCUCUAGCCGCCACCGUCGAUCUAAACCCGACAACGAAGCCUCGUCGGCCGGGUACCACAGCGAGGGAGAGACAUUAAAGGAGCAACAGGCUCCUCGUCCCCCCCCCAAAACUUCCUCCUCCUUCUCCUCUUCCACCAAUCGCCUCCGAGAAUUCAAGGAGACGAUGAGCAACAUCAUCCACAACCGUCCCCUCUCCUCCUCCUCCUCUUCCUCUUUACCAGCCGCCAUCACCUCCUCUUCCUCUAACAACCGCCCCCCCGCCCCUUGCUCCUCCUCCUCUAACCCCUUGGAGUCUGAUGGCUCCGGAGGGUCGGGGAGGUGGAGGCCGCGGAGGGAGGCGCUAAACAUCGACAGCAUCUUCAGCCGAGAGAGGCGCAGGCAGGCGGGGUACAGUCCGCUGGGAGCCCCCCUGCCCGACUCUGGAGCUCCGAGGGAGGAUGAGGAGGAGGAGGAGGAGGGGAGGAAAGCAAGGACUCUCCCCCACUCCUCCUCCAGCUUCCACAGAGGAGGCGCACAGGGACUUCCUCCUCCUCCUCCUCCCCCCCCCAGACUGAUCCAGAGGAUGGAGAGCGGGUAUGAGAGCAGCGAGAGGAACAGCAGCAGCCCCGUCAGCCUGGACCUCCACCUGGGAGACAGGGAGUGUGCUGUGAAGAAGCCUCCCUCCUCCUCCUCCUCCUCCUCAGGACCAUCAUGGAAGAACAUCCGGUCAAAGAGCAGUGGAGCUCUGCUGCAGGAGCACACCUCCUCCUGCAGGGGGAGCCUCG